CCAUGAGUCCUUUCGAAGCCCGACGUAGCCGGAAGCUGCUGGCGGCUGGUGGGGGAAUCUGACCCAGUCCAGCUGGGCAACUCGGCCGGACCCGACCCCCUGAGGGCAGCAGCUUCCUGGCCCCGGACUCUCCAGACCCCCGACCUGUGACGUUCCUGUUCCUGGGACCCCAAACUCCAGGAUCCCUGUGUGAGGCUGCCCUUCUCGGUCCCCAGCGGCCGCCCCAUUGCGUGAGCGGACCUCCUCGCCGCGGCGGUCCAGACCCCUCGGCCUCUGAGCCUACCUCUCUUCAGCCUAGCGGUUACUUGGAUCUACGUGGUCACUCGGCGAUCUCGGGCGCUGUGGGUUCUGCACAGCCCAGUUUCCCGGGAAAGGGCCGCUGCUCUUCACUUCGAAAGAAGAUUCUGUCCAGAGGUGCCAGGAAGCCAGACUCCCUAGCCUCAGCUUGUUGAUCAUUUUCCUUCUUGGCCUUUGAAGCUUCCUAUUUAUGCUGUGCUGUGUUGGCAGCAACGGAACCCUACUUAGUCCUGGCUGUUAAGAAUUCUUAGGAGUGGGUGAGCGAUGGAUUACCAGUAAGGGUUUGUUUUCCUCCUUGAAGUACCAUGGCCAGUCCAAGAACCAGAAAAGUACUUAAAGAAGUCAGAGCACAGGAUGAGAACAAUGUUUGCUUUGAGUGUGGUGCAUUUAAUCCUCAGUGGGUCAGCGUGACUUAUGGCAUCUGGAUCUGCCUGGAAUGCUCUGGGAGACACCGUGGGCUUGGGGUGCACCUCAGCUUUGUCCGCUCUGUUACAAUGGACAAAUGGAAGGACAUUGAGCUUGAGAAGAUGAAGGCUGGUGGGAAUGCUAAGUUCCGAGAAUUCCUGGAGGCACAAGAGGACUAUGAGCCUAACUGGUCCUUGCAGGACAAGUAUAGCAGCAGAGCCGCAGCACUCUUUAGGGAUAAGGUGGCUACUUUGGCCGAAGGUAGAGAGUGGUCUCUGGAGUCAUCACCUGCACAGAACUGGACCCCACCUCAGCCCAAGAUGCUGCAGUCCACUGCCCACCGACCCUCUGGUCAGCCACAGAAUGUGACUGCCUCUGGGGACAAGGCUUUUGAAGAUUGGCUGAAUGAUGACCUGGGCUCCUAUCAGGGGGCUCAGGAGAAUCGCUAUGUAGGGUUUGGGAACACAGUGCCACCUCAGAAGAGAGAAGAUGACUUCCUCAACAAUGCCAUGUCAUCCCUGUACUCGGGCUGGAGCAGUUUUACCACUGGGGCGAGCAAGUUUGCUUCUGCAGCGAAGGAGGGUGCUACAAAAUUUGGAUCCCAAGCAAGUCAAAAGUUUUGGGGUUACAAGCAGCAAUCAGAGCCGGCUUCGGAGUUGGGCCACAGCCUGAAUGAGAAUGUUCUCAAGCCUGCACAGGAGAAGGUGAAGGAGGGAAGGAUUUUUGAUGAUGUGUCCAGUGGGGUCUCUCAGUUGGCAUCCAAGGUUCAGGGAGUUGGCAGCAAGGGAUGGCGUGAUGUUACUACUUUUUUUUCUGGGAAAGCCGAAGACACAUCGGACAGACCCUUAGAGGGCCACAGCUACCAAAACAGCAGUGGAGACAACUCCCAGAACAGCACCAUAGACCAGAGCUUCUGGGAGACCUUCGGGAGUGCCGAGCCCUCCAAGGCCAAGUCCCCAAGCAGUGACAGCUGGACCUACGCCGAUGCCUCGACAGGGAGGAGGAGCUCGGACAGCUGGGAUGUUUGGGGCUCGGGUUCUGCAUCCAACAACAAGAACAGCAAUAGUGAUGGCUGGGAGAGCUGGGAGGGAGCCAGUGGGGAGGUCAGGGCAAAGGCCACCAAGAAGGCCGCCCCAUCUACGGCCACUGAUGAGGGCUGGGACAACCAGAACUGGUAGGAGCCUUGCUGCAUCUGGGCCCAGCUCUGCUGGGAGACUGCUGUGUUUGCACUUUACCCUUCUUGUUCCUCCUUCAUUUGACCUCAGUGUGAAGACAGUGGCUCAGGCAGGACUUGAGUCGGUGCUGCCUGCCUGGUGUGGGGUGGCUUUCUCUUAGGCCUCAGGGGACAUGCCAUCCAUCUGCCUCUUGGGUCCUCUGAGCAGCCUUCCUGAACUCUGGGACCCAGGCACUAUCUCUGCAGCCAUGGCACAGCCUGGAACUGCAGAACUGUGCAGUGUCAGCCAAGCCAGACAUCUGCUUUUGUUGAAAUGUCUUUUAAAACUUAAAAGGUUUGCUCUAGUUCUUUUUUUUUUUUUUCCUUGAAGAAAACGCCUGGAGUCUUAAAGCUGGAAACGAAAUGACAGAAGCAAUACUGGAGCUCACACUGCCACCUGUGACACCUCACCUAAGUCCACGUCCUGUGGCUUGUGCUGUGAAACUCACUUUGUGACCCUCUGCCUUUCCUGCAUCAGCCUGUCCAGCCUCAGUCUCAUGGGACAAACUCUCCGCAGAUGGCCACACAUGGCAGCUUGGGCUCUGGCCCUCCCUGGAUACCUGACUUGAACUUGGCCAGUCCUGGAUAGCUGAAAAAGGAGGAAAGGAGAGUAAAGGGGGUUGGGAGCAUUGUCAGCCUGUCUGUCACUCCCACCUGGUGCAGAGGAGCCUGAACAUGGAGGGCAGGCUGAGGGGCCAAUUGCCAUUGCCCAGGGUUGGGGCAUCUUGAUGGGGACCCUCCAUCCAGUCAGAGCACCUGUUUGUAUUUUGCCAUGUAUUAUGUCUGCGACAGCCCAGGCCUUCUCCCAGCCUGCUCAGGGUGCUCAGGGUCAGAGCACACUAGGUCAUGUCUCCAGACAGCCCCAUUUCCCUCCCUGCGGACUUUGUGGAAGACUGCAGUUGAGACCCAUGUGCCAUCAGUGGUUGGAGUGACAACCUUUUCCUCCCAGGAUUCCAUGACUGCUGUGUGCUGUGGCUGGAGAGCCCAGCUGGGUCUCUGUCUCCUUAAACCCACUCCUGUCUUGACCCUCAGUUUGACCAGCAGUGCAUGACCUGAAGCUCUGUG